AUGGCCACUGCUAACCGAUUACUUGAAAGAUUUGCUUCACGCCAGUUCCAUCGGCAAGCGGCCAGUCUCCUGUGCCCGAGGACGACACAGCGACCAUCUCGUGUCAUUGUAAACGUGGCAGCUACCGGCGUUCGUGCCUUGUCCAGUUCGCAAGCACCGCUCCUUCUGUGUGCCACCGUCCACUGGCGUUCCUAUAGCUCCGGUAGACCCUUAACAUUAAAAACUGUUAACGACAGAGUGAUGCUGGUUUUACGUUUGUUUGAUAAGAUUGAUCCGGAGAAGGUGAAGUCCAGUUCUCAUUUUAUUAAUGACCUUGGAUUGGACAGCCUGGACCACGUGGAAAUAAUUACUGCCAUUGAGGAAGAAUUCGGAAUCGAAAUACCGGACGGAGACAGUGAGCAGCUAAUGACACCUGGUCACAUAAUUCAGUACAUAUGCGACAAGGAAGAUAUCUACGAAUAA